CUGAGUUGCCAUCUCCGCGAGAUCCUAACGCAUACAUCGCAGAACGUAGUUGAACAACAGUCACAUACAAGGCUUAUCUUGCAAGCUUCUUCAGAGAUUUUCAAGUGCAAAAGUUACUAAGUGAGGAGAAGCAGUAGAAGUGGCAGUGGCAGUUGGAGUUGCUGUAGUAAAAGAAGUAGUGGGAGCAGUACGAACUAAUUGUGACGCGAGUGUUGGUUUAUCUCCUCUCGGGUUUCUCCAUUGACAUGAUUUUGAGUCGCGUGUCCUCACAAUCGUUGCUUUCGAAAUUGGACCGCUCAAGUGAUGAUGAGUCGUAUUCCACCACCACCGAUUCUGCCGCCUCAUUCAUCCGGAUUUCAGCCGCUCCCUCUCGGAGCGAUAGUCAGUGCUCGUGUUUGUCCUGCUCAGUCCCUGGAGAAGUCAAGCGACGUGAGUCCAGACUGAAUCCGGGGGUGAGAGCCAAUGACUACUACAGAUUCGAUGAGAUUCUCGGGGAGGGUACCUAUUCAGUGGUUUAUCUGGCCGAGAGCCGUUCCGAGAAGGAGCAUUGGGUGGCCAUCAAAGUCAUCGAAAAGACCUCAUUGUCAGGCCAGGAAGAUAUGACUUGGUUGAUCGAGCGAGAGAUCCGGAUCAUGACCAUCUUGGACCACCCUCAUAUCAUUCAUUUGAAUGAAGUGUUCGAAGAGACAGACUCAAUCUGUCUCGUCAUGGAAUUGGCCAAGGGGGGUGAGAUCUUUGAUCGACUGAUCGAGCACGGGAGCUUCUCGGAGCGCGAGACAGCAGCCCUGAUUGUUCAGCUCUUGUGCGCCCUUAACUACCUGCAUGACCUCGGGAUCGUUCAUCGCGAUCUCAAAUUGGAGAACCUUCUCUAUUAUGACGAUACCGAGGACAGUAAGAUCAUGAUGGCCGACUUCGGCCUGUCGGAGUGGGUGUGGGAGAUCAAUGAGAACAGCCCGCUAUGCGGCACGCCAGGCUAUAUGGCUCCCGAGGUCAUUGACAAGAACAUUGUAACUCCCGCCGCUGACAUUUGGAGCGUUGGCGUCAUCACGUAUGUCCUAUUGGCUGGGUAUCCGCCAUUUUGCCCCCAGAACGGCCAAGACUCCGGAAUCAGUGAAGCGGAGGAAGAGAGUGCUCUGCUGGAUGCCAUUGUGAAGGGGAAGUUCGAUUUUCAUUCCCACACGUGGGAACACGUGAGCGACGAGGCCAAAGACUUUGUCCGCCGACUGAUGAGUCUCAAGCACAAUGACCGACCCUCAUGUUUGGAAGCGCUCGAGCAUCCUUGGUUACAGAACGCCCAAGUGCGCCCCAUGAGUGAUUCGCAUUAUAAAAAAUGGUCACCCCGAAAGGUGGUGGGAUUCUCGUUCUCAGUGGCAGUGAUCUCCAUGUCGUAUGUGGCGCUCAUCUCGUACUUUUUUCAAUUGACUAUUUAUUAGAUGUUUAUAACUCCCACGUCAGAAAAAUAUUCAUAUGUCCACCUUCUUCUCACGCACGUCCGAACUUGUUGUCAGUACGAUAUCUUUUCACAUAUCUUAAAAUAAAAUUGGUAACAUUUUA